AUGGUUCACAUCCAUUCAACUCAUCAAGACUUAGUUUUCUAUGGUACAUUAAAUGGAACCUCAGCAUAUUCUUUGAACGACAAACAAAAAAGAAAUGGAGAAGCUUCUACAGAUCUCAAUGAAACGGUUGUCAAGUUCAAACAACCCACACAACUUGCUACAUUUCAAGUGAUUCCAAAUCGAACUCGAGUUUUUCCUCAAAUUGACAACGAUCAACGAUAUGGUGAAACAAGUCCUAAUGUCUUUAGCCUACAGCUUACCGUUCAUUACGUUGGAACAUCAUCAAGUUCGAAAAAUUCACGGUCAUUUGAUGUAGACGUUGACCUCGAGGAAGGUGCUGAAGCACCCAAGUGGAAUCUUGAAAUGGAUCAGGGUAUGCUAGCUCACAUGAUAACCUUUCAAGGCAAAUUUGAUUCGAUAACCUUGGCUAUACACGGUCAAACCCCCGAGUCUUCCUCAUCUAAUGGAAUCCACGAAGGAAAAUCACCUACCAAUCAAUCCACUUUACUCGACAGAGAGAAAAAAGAACGCGACCCGACACUGGACAGUUCUUUACUUUUAGCAAAAGAGUUCCUUAGUAUUACUUCUACCCUAAAACAGAAAGCUUCUACAUCCCAUUUAGAUUUGGUUACGUCUUUGCAGUCUUGUGUACAGAGUCUAUACCUACCGAGCCCUACAGCGUCGAGAAUAUCUUCACAACAACUUUUAUCGGUAGGCCAAGCCCAAGACGGUACAAAAUUCGCGAAAGACCUGGCUCAAUUGGCACGUUCAUGUUUCGAUCAAGAGAACCAUUCAAUUUCGUCCAAUUCAGAUGCCAUUCGAAGAUUUCUCGAAGGACUUGUGGCUUUAUCUGAUCUAAUCAUAUCACGCGACAACUUUUCAAGCGAUAUGACAUACUCUUUGGAUAUUGUCGCGCAACUCGUCAAGAUAUCACCAACAGCUAUACAUAUUGUAUCUGCUUCAAAUGUGAUUCAGUAUGCGAUUACGAUCCUCAAGAGUUCCACUUCAGAUUCAAACCUGACCCCAGCACGCGAUGCAGCAGUCAAUAUGCUGACCAUCUGUUCAGAGGAAGCAACACUUUUAUCAUCUCACGUCAUGGGGAAGUUUGCUCUCGCCGACUCCUUCAAGUGGCUUUCUGGACAGGAUCACCUUCUCAUCCGCUUCAAGGCAUACUUGACUAUCCUUGAAAUAAGUAAAUUCAUCAAGCGACUCAAUCACGGUUCAAAUCAAGCCGGCGCUGGUUUAGACGACGACCUUGAUGGUAUAGCCAUCGACAACGCUGAAGAUCGGACGAAUGGAGCACGCCCAUCAUCUACCCUUUCGGAAUUUGAACUAAUGAAGUUGAUUCACCUAUUUCAACGUUUGAUAGGUUACAUGUGUCAAAGCUCUUUUGUUCCGUUUUCCAUGGCGCCUCAAGAUGUCAGCUCUCCCGAUCAGCCGUCAAUCUCAACGCCUCCGUUACAUUCGACCUCUACAACUUACAAGGCAUUGCUCAAAUACCUUGAAGCCGAAGACUUUUUAGGUAGCUUGUUGACGCUUCUCAGGAUACAAUUCAAAUCACCCCCUCAGCUUGCGUGGGAACAAAAAGGAAAAUCAAUGCUUGUUGAAUGUGUGGUUCAAUUCUUCACCAAUUUAUUUACCAAUUCGGAGAUCGGACUACCUCAUCUUGUCCCCUACUUCGUUAAGAACAGUGAGGCUUUAUCCCAAUGGAUAGCUACGCUGAAUGAAUUCAUACCUGCUCGUCUAAACGCCAGUGAAGAAUCUGAACAAAGAAAAACUCACACAAUGAUGAUGUUAUUGUCCACGCGUAAUUGGCAGUCGAUCAGCAACCAUCAAUCCGAUUUUGGUCCACGACCUUGCUUGUUGGCAAUCGCAAGACUGAUCACGGGCUACACAUCACUUGGCGCUUUACUUUCGGUUGUUUUAAGUACCACCUCCGAAGAAGGAGAGGGACUGACCAGUGCAGAUGUCUCGUCGGAAUCCCACUCAAAAGCUGACAUCAAGUUAGCAAUGAAGAAAUUGGAGGGUUUGUCAGUCAUCAUGUUGAGCAAACGAUUAUUGUGUCGACUAGUUAGUUGCGAACAACUCUCGGCUCGAAUCAUCCAAUUGAAUCAUUCAAUCUUACGAAAACCAAUCCCUCUGGACGAACCACGUCAUAUCUUUGACUGGUAUUCUGCUGUCGUGCUUUCUGAUGCUGACAUCAUCUUGUCUCCCAAUGCCAAAAUGGUUGGGCAAGCUCUUAUGAAUCAUCUGUCUACUUCGGCCAAGCCUAUGGCACCAGGUAACAAGCUUCAGUUACGGGCCAAUAUACUUAUGUCAAUCGAAGAUCCUGUAACCUUGUUACCCAAUCCGGCCACCGUUCGAUUUGCUGAUUUAUGGGAAGUCGAAGUCCGCAUGAAUGUUUUAGGUGCUCUUUCAAACCUUAGGCCGAGUGUGAAUGACACCAGCAAUAUUUUUGGUAAACUGCUAUGCGACCAAUUCAAUGAUGUUCGCCGGCUUGCUACUAAUUCUGAUCAGCCUGAUUCAUCGUUUUGCGAUGUGAUCCUCGAACUCGUUGAGAUCACCUGGAAACGGCUCGAGUCACUUAAAAAAAGACAUCAACUCUUUAACUUGACCCGAUUGUCGAUCUUUUCAACUCUGUUCGAAGCGGUUCGACGCUUGUGUUAUAUUGAGUUUAUGUUGUUGAAGAACAAGCCACCAAUCCAAUUUAUUCGAGUUUUGAGCGAAAAAGCGAUGCUCAUCAAUAUGAUCUUGGCUGAUUCGAUCCAAAUGGACCGAUUGCUGCAUCCCAUCCAAUGUCCUGAUUUCGCUGUUGAUUGGGUAUACGAGAAAAGGUUCAGGACGAAUUUGAUCUCACUUCUGCGAUCUUUAACAUGGAGCUCAACACCAGACGAAUCCAGUCUAACCCUCGGUUACAUGAAUCAAUUUCCUAAUGAGACUCACUCGAACCCCAGACUUGAAAUUGAACAAUCUAAUCUUGCCAUGGUGCUCAAUAGCGUGAUCAAAGUUUCAGUCAAGCUUAGUGAAUAUUCCCCCAUCGUGUUGGAUUUCUUGACACGAUGUCUUCCACUGCUACCAGAUCUGGGCAAGGCUCCCCUUACGGAAACCGACAAGAAUGCUCUCAAGCGUCAAGUAGUCAAAAAGUCUGCCAUCGAUUUCAAAAACCUGGUUAACGAGCUUGCGAUUUACUUUUUGGAACAUCCACAUCUCAUCUUAGGAUCAGAUUUAUUCUUUGGAACCGAACCUUUGAAGGACGGACGAACCAAUCAGAUCAAAAUAUGGUUGUUCAGUAAACUUAUCUAUACCUUUGAUCUGAUUCAUGUAUCAUCAGGUUCAUUUCCGAAAUUUCUGAUCAAAAAGACCUUGGCCAUCAUUCAAUCGAUUAUCGAGUCCACUUCACCACAAAGUACAGACUCUGAUCCUAAGCCUGCGGAUGAGGAUCAAUCGAAAUACAUCACACCCGUCACACUCUUGUAUAGUUGUUGGCUCAUCUGCUCGGAUUACUUCAAACAGUUACCACCCAAUUCUUUUGGAAAUUCAUGUAUCAAUUUAUGGCGAGCACUCAAGUUUGGUUUAGAGUAUCCAGAUGAAGCUAAUUUACUUCUUUCUCGCAAGAAGCAAACUUCAACAAAUAGUGAAGCUACUUGGUUUGCAAAAUACUUACAAUCAACUCGAGACGAUUAUCAUCCAUCUCCAUUGGCUACUGACGUUUUAUCUGAUGAGAUAACAAGUAUGUUUAUGAAGAAAGAAAUCGAAUUAGUUUCUGUUUUGAUAAAGUGUGUUUUAACUUGUCAAAAAUAUCAAAAGGAUGAAGCUCAAAAUCGAUUAGAUCGUCAUGUCUUUGAUGGUGGUAGUGAACAUGGUAUCAUCAAUCUUUGUUAUCAAACAGGUUAUAAUACUGGAGAAGAUGAUUUGGUGGAUAUUGAUUUUCUUUCGACUUUGAGUAACGCUCAACUUGCCAAGACCAUCAAUGUAACUUCAUUGAAUCUGUUGACUUUACCUCCAACGCCGAUAUAUCAGCAAUUCCCCGCGCAUUCAGCUGAAAAAGGUCAAGUCCCUACUAGCCUUAAGCAAAUUCCGGAAUCGACUCUGGUCUCUUCAUCAAUCACUACCCUACCUUUACCUACUCAACCGAUAGAAAUCCCUUCUAAUGGACACAAGACAGAAGUGAGGAUGAAACCGAUAUCCAAAGUACCUGACUUGUAUCCACCUAUGCCAUCAUCUGCAAAAACCUAUCAAAGUGAUGAGACAAGAACUCGACAUCAUCAUCAUCAUCAUCGUGCUUCUUCACCUAGUCGUCGAUCUAAACCUACUUCAUAUUCAUCAUCUCGUCCUCAACGUUAUGAACAUUAUGAACCUAAAUCAAAAACGGAUGAAGAGAAUGAUGGGUAUCAUACUAGAAAAGUUAGGGAUUCAGAUUAUCGACGAAAUGAUACGAGAGAUUCACAAAUUAGAGAAUCUGAUCGAUCAAGAGGUCUUGAUCGAGACAGAGAAGAAAAAGAAUAUACAAGUAGUAAUGGUAGAAGAAGAAGAAAUGACAGAAGAAGUGAAAGUGAGGAAGAAAAUGAAAAUAAAGAGAUCUUGAAGAUGAAACGUAAAGAAGAAGAAAUGUAUGAUCAUGAUGAAAUCGAAUUAGAACAUGAAAGAAAGUAUAAAACUUCAAGAAAGUAUGAAGAAGAUGAAGAACAAGAAGAAGAAGAGGAAGAAGAUGAGGAUGUGGAUGAUCGUCAUCGCUUUAGGUCUAGAUCGAAAAAUGGAUAUGAUAGACGUGGGAAUGGAGAACUUGAGGAAAGGAAUGGUAGAAGUUAUGGACGUUGA